CCAAUUCUAAAGUGUCAGCAAACAAUAGCUUGCUAUUAAUGGCCCAACCAUGUGCCGACCUUGUCCUGCAUGCAUUGAUACCACUCUAUUAUCAUGGUUUCUUUUUGCUUCCAGUUGUCGUAAGCUGUUUGCUACAGAUCAGUUCCAUGGAGACCAGGUAGCAUAAAUACUGCCAUACAAUUCCAUCUAUUCCUGCUUCAUCAAGUCACUAUCUUCCCGGUCAUCUCCAGGGAAUCCCCCAGUUUCACAACCAAGAAGCCAGACUUCUUCCUAUCUGAACUGCGGUUUCGGGAAUUGAGAGAGAUAAAAUGUCCGCGAGUGCCUCCGACAGUUUUAAGGGCUCCGAUGGAGCUCCUGAUCCGAAGUGUGAAGUUUGCCAUGGAAUUGGCCACUAUGAGGAUUAUGACUCGGAAAUUAUACGCACAGAAUGCGAAUUUUGCGAAGGAACAGGGCUUUUCUCCGAAUACUUGGAUUGUGGGCGCUGUCGUGGAAGGGGAUUUCGCGAGCGCGAAUCGGAGUUCCUGGUUGAAAAGGAAUGCAACUGUCGCAAACCUUCACACUAACUAGUGAGGCUCAUUGUCAAAUAGAAAAGUGUUUUCUCGGGCUUCGGGCGAGCUAGCAGAGAUCAGGAAGCAAGGCAACAAGCGCCAUAAAGGAAGAUCGAGUCAUGGCUUGCAUAUUGUAGUGAGGCAUAUUCAGGAACGGCAUGAAAGUUCCUGCAAAUAUACAUAUUCCCUCAUGUAGCAGGCCCUUUGUUUGCCCCAGGGGCCUAAUAGCGUCUAUCUAUAGCAACAUGCUGAUUGGGCUGUGUAUGCAUGACAAAUGUUUCAUACGAAUACCGGCAGUCCUGUCACCAAUAGCGCCUUUGCUGCAUGAUUCGGGUCAUUCUUCUCGGAUGUGGUUAUUACCAGGAGCUGAAGACUCUCGUUUUCCAAAUGUCGAUAUCAUUAUGAGGGAGCUAUGUCUAUAU